GCAACUCAAGGUCAUCUCAGAAAGCGUAACCAAUUUCAAGUCCACUCGUUUAUUCAUUAAAGAAGGAAACAAGACAGAGACGGUCCUCAAAAUGAAGUCCCAAGAAGGACACACCAUGCGGCUCCGGUGGACGGUCACUGCAGAGUGUGUCCUGAGCGUUCUCCGCUGUUCGUCCCCCCCGGCCGCGACGAGAGGGGUUGUGGCACUAGGAAGCAGCCUCGUUUUAACCCCCAGAGAAGCCAACACACCGCGUGUAGCUGAGGGAGGCCGCGGGCCCCAACCCCGCCAGGUGUCCCUACAGGUGCCCCCCGGCCGUGCCCACUUGCCCAAAUCGCUUCCGUGAGCUCCAGGGCGCAGGGGCCCCUCCCGGGCGGGCGGACUCGCGGACACGCACGCUCGCGCGCGCACGCGCGCACCGCUGCCGCGCGCACGCUUCCCAUUGGCGGGAGGCGGAGGGCGGGGCCGGGCGGACCCAAAACAAACAACCUGCUGCCGCGCCGCCGCUUGGCCCCCGCCUGGUGCGCGCCCGCUCCGGAGCUGCGGCCACCUGGGCCACCUCGCUCCCCACCCUUCUCGGUUUGCGCCCAGGCCCCGCCCCCGCGGGGCGCCGCGGGGUUAUAUUGGGCCGGGCCGAAAGUGGAGGCGAGACGGAGCCGCGGCUGGCCGGCGUGGAGAUGCUGCUCCGGAGACCGGGGGCGGGAAGGCGGCUGCGGGCGCCACGGCCUCGGCGACUCUGCUCCGUGGGCGCUAGAGCCUGAAGGCCGGACCCUCCCCCCCGGCGUGGGUGGCACGCACAGCAGCCGGCACCGUCUCGGCCCGCGAGGACGCCUGGCUGGGACCGGGGACUUGCAGAGAAGAAACCCCCGUCUCGGGAACGGAAAGCAGAUGCGCACGCGUCCUCCUCCAGCAGGAACUCCAAGCCCCGCGCGCUCGGGCACCCGAGGCUGGAACCGCGGCCCUGCACGGCUCCCCCGAAGUCUCCACUCCUCCAACUGAAGACAACACGCCUCCCCCCAACAACUGCUCUCUCUCCGCCCCUCUCGGUUCACCCAAUAAGCACAACCCCUCCAAAGAAGAAUUCCAGUGGAAGGGGACUUCUGUCCGGAAAGCGACUGUCUCUCCAAGAGGAAGGCGAGCUCCGGGAGAGAGAGGCCAGGACCCCGGCCCCGGAUCGCCACCCCGCCCCCGACGCCCGCUGUCCAGGACCGCGCGGAGGAAAAGGGUACGCGCCGGGCGGGGACGGGCGCGGGCAUGAAGCUGGAGGUGUUCGGGCCCCGCGAGGGCCUCGGGGACAAGCCGGGGAGUGACCUGGAGGGGGCGGGCGGCCGCGACGCGCCGUCUCCGCUGUCGGCCGCGGGCGACGACUCCCUGGGUUCGGACGGGGACUGCGCGGCCAACAGCCCGGCGGCGGGCGGCGGCGCCGUGGCGCUGGCGGGCGGCGGCGAGCGGAGCGCGGGCGGAGGGCCGGGCGCGGCGGAGGCGGGCGCGGCGGCGGCGGGGGGCGCGGGCGGCGGCGCGGGCGCGCGCGGUAAGCCGUACACGCGGCGGCCCAAGCCCCCGUACUCGUACAUCGCGCUCAUCGCCAUGGCUAUCCGCGACUCGGCGGGCGGGCGCCUGACGCUGGCCGAGAUCAACGAGUACCUCAUGGGCAAGUUCCCGUUCUUCCGCGGCAGCUACACUGGCUGGCGCAACUCCGUGCGUCACAACCUCUCGCUCAACGACUGCUUCGUCAAGGUGCUGCGCGACCCUUCGCGGCCCUGGGGCAAGGACAACUACUGGAUGCUUAACCCCAGCAGCGAGUACACCUUCGCCGACGGGGUCUUCCGCCGCCGCCGCAAGCGCCUCAGCCACCGGGCGACGGCCCCGGGCCCCGGGCCGCGGCCCCCGGACGCCGCGCCUCCGCCGCCCGCGCCCCCGCCGCGGCUGGGCGCGCGCGGGGCCGAGGCGCCGCCCCUCCUGCUCGCGCCCCUGGCCGCCCCGGCCCCGGUCCCCGCCAAGCCGCUCCGGGGCCCGGCCGCCUGCGCGCACCUGUACUGCCCCGUGCGGCUGCCCGACGCCCUGCACGCGGCCUCGGCCCGCGCGCCGGGCCCGCACCUGCCCGGCCCGCCCGAGACGCUCCUGGCCUGA